AUGCUGACAACAAAAACAAGUCAUUCCAGAAAAAAAUGUCAUAUUCAAAAUAAGUUGAGAAGAUUUGGUAUAAAGCUGAACAGAUGGUGGAUAUAUUAUUGGUACACAGGUAAUCCAGAGGAUGAUCCUACAUUGCUCACAUCUAGACCUAGAAAUACUCCAUUGAUAUCAUUAAGAAAUGAUGAGUAUUGCAGAUAUAUAUCUCAAAAUGUGUUUGUACAAGUAAGAGGGAAUAAUUUUUGGAAGAGCCCUAGCAACUUUAAUAUUGGUGGAGUAAGAAAUCCUUUACAACAGAUAAAUGUUGGGGUCCCCAUUCUAUCUCCAAAGAGACACAGCAAAAGAAAACAAAACCUUCAUAUUAUAAGGAACCCAGAAAUUUACCAAGAUGAAGAUAAGGAAAACAUAGCAGUUAAAUGUAUACUGAUCCCUGAAGAACCUACAGAACGGUACAAAGAGGAAAUAAAUAUAGUUGAUACAGAAGAAACAAAUUCCCUAGAUUCUUUUGAGAGAAUUCUUAGAGGAAGUAUUGAUAGCACUUAUGGAAAACUAUUUUCGUUGCAUUUUUGUAAACCAAUUGUAGGAAAAGAACGGAAGAAACCUUUUUGUGAAGAGAGUUACACCAGUGAAAAAAGAGUCCAGAGCAAUUUGUUGCCUUUGAUUAUAUCUGAGCCUAGUGACGGUGUGAAUGAUCCGACAUCAGGGAAAACAAUUGAUAAUAUGAUACUUCAGAAAUGGGAUCGACAUAUAAUCCAGCAAACAGAGGCUGUAGUUUUUGGAUUUGAUGAGGAUCAAAUCGAUAUGCAGGGGGGACUAAAAGUUCAAAAAAGUAGUGAUGGGGUUGCUAAUAACAAUCCCAAAUUAGAAGAAGGGGGUGACCUAGGUAAUCUACUACCAUUGGAAGUUAACUCUAUUCUCUCAGAAGAUGAAAUUGCUUUAAUUCCUUUAAUUCAGAAGGCAGAGUUUUUUACAAAGGACACCACUUUAAGAGACAAUCACACUCAACCUUUAUUAACUGUUCGGUGUAGUUUUGAAAGUUGUGAUGAAAUAAAAGAAUACCAAGCAAAACACGGUGUAGGGAAAUACAUCGUGGAAACAACAAACUCUAUUCCCAUGAAGAAGAGAGCAGAUAAAUCUUUUUACCGAAAUGCUAUUUUUAAGAUACCCUAUUCAAAAUCUAAAGAAAGUGAUGAGAUCACUCUUGGUUUUCAAUUAUUAGGAAAAAUCAGACACUGUUUUCAUCAAAUUUUAGGGGGACGAGGUACAGUAAAAGUCACAAAAAUAGAACAGCAUAAUGAAGAACAAAAAAUCAAGAAUGGACAUGUUUCGCAUUUACAUCAGUGGGAGUCAUGUCAUGAUGUUGGUGCACACAAGUACAAUGACUCAGAAUCAAGCGUCUUUGGAGCAGGAGCAGGAGCAGGAACAGUAGCAGGAGCAAAAGGAGAAAAUAUGGUUACUAACAAGUCACCUGACCCAGGCCUAAUAUAUAAAACUGAGAGCUUGUUCUUUGGAGAUUACAAUAUUGACUUUUUUUGUAAAGAAAAUGGAGACAAUCUCACACAGAGGUUUGCUUGUAUCCAAAACAUAACAUCUCAGAAGUGA